AGUAGCUAAUUUCACAGAAUAAAUUAAGAAAAAAAUAAUAAUAAUAAUUUCAAUUAAAUUAAUGAAAAUAGCAAAUACGUUAGCAAAAAGUCAUUUCCACUUUGUUAAAGCCAAAAACAUGUGUUCCAAUUAAUUAUAAGUAGGCGCAAGGCAAACACAAUUCUCAGCAACAAUAACAACACCCCACCAUCACUAUGGCCGGUCCACAAGUGCAACAUUCACACACGCAGCGCCCCAACAGCGCCUACUACAUGGGCCUAAACGGUGCUAGCAAUGGCCACCACAUCGGCGGCGGCGCGGCGCACACCCACACCACCACAGCAACGAGCCUAAGCACUAGCAGUAGCGUGAAUACAGGCUUGCAUGCGCUGCGUCAAAUGUCCAACGACAUGGAGCUAAUAUAUCGCGGCAAUAGCGCCAAUUCCAGCCAUCAUCAAGCGCAGUCGACACUGUCAACGCACGUCAUCCAACAACAGCCGUCAGCUGCCGCUGCUGCGGUGGGGACAACAGCGGCAGCCAACAACAGUGGCAGUCUAGCAGAGAUUGCCGGCGAUGGUGGUGUCGGUGGUGGUGGUCAAAUAGUCAGCAUAGCUGGUCCCGGGCCGAGCGCUAGUGAUGCUUUAAUUGUUCCUUCAAAUGCGGCGUUGAAACGCAGCAAUUUGGCGUCGUCGAAAAAGACACAGCGGCGUAGCGUGGAAAUUGUCGUCGACGCGUCGCAAUGUGGUGUCGCCGCUGACGGUGACGGCGACGGCACGGACGCCAAGUCUGGCGAUGACGUCGAACAGGGACGUCGCAUGUCACGGCAUCGGCGUCGGCCAUUACAUCGUCGCUUUUUCAAUUACCUGCGCAAUUUGUUUCAAGGCAGUGCCGCACAGAAUGAUUCGGAAUUGGAGGAAUUUGAGACGCCCGCACGCUAUCGUCCCGAUUCCUUAAGUGCCCUCAGUCGUACUACGCGCUUCACGGAGGAUGAAAUCAAACGAAUUUAUCGCGGUUUUAAGGCUGAGUGUCCGACGGGUGUCGUCAAAGAGGACACAUUCAAACUUAUCUACUCGCAGUUUUUCCCGCAGGGAGCCAACCCCACCCUGUAUGCACACUACGUUUUCAACACACUCGAUCAGGACCACAGUGGCAUCGUUAGCUUUGAGGACUUUGUUCAAGGACUAUCGAUAUUGUCGCGCGGCUCUGUGGAGGAGAAACUACGUUGGACAUUCUCGUUGUACGACAUCAACGGCGACGGCUUCAUAACGAGGGAAGAAAUGACUGAUAUUGUGACUGCCAUUUACGAACUGAUGGGACGCCUACCGGACGAGUGUCCCGAGGAGGAGAAAAUCAAACACAAAGUCGAACACAUAUUCCAGAAAAUGGACAAAAAUCGUGAUGGUGUGGUGACGUUGGAUGAGUUUCUGGAGACAUGUCGAAAUGACGAAGCCAUAUCACGGUCAAUGUCCGUCUUCGACUCAGCGUUCUGACCAUAUCCACUGGAGAAACGAGACGAGAGUGCCGAUAAUUACCGGCAACACAAAGCACAAUCGUCGGGAAGGGGCAAGGGGGUUACUGCCGGGGGUACUAGUCAUAGUCGUACACGUAGUAGUCGCAAUAGGCGCAAACAAUCAUCAUCACAACAACGUCAACAGCAAACAGAGCAACAAAUGUCGCAACAGCAAACGACACUGGACGAGCAGACACAGCGCGACAAAUGUAAAAAGCCAAAUAAACGUAAGUCAAACAAGAAAGUCCUACAAAUACAACUACCAGAUAAAGCACAGCCACAGUCAUCACAGCCAGAAUUACAGCCAAACCAGCAGAGCCAAGUCGAUGCACUAAUCAGCCAAACUUCAACCACAAAUUGCGAGAAACCUCAACUGCGUGAAAGCACUGUCAAGCGUGCCGUUACACACAGUACCGCCGCAGCCAGCGCGCCUACUUCCAGCAGCGAUGCCUCCACUGCCUCAUGCGACAGCGAUAGCGAAGAAGCGGUCAGCGACAAGUUGGCCUCCAUGUGCCAUCACUGCCUGCGGCCACAAAUCGAACUACAGUUACGCCAUUUGCGUCCUCAUCAACGCCGCCAAUGGAGUCGUUUGCUGCAGCAGCAGCGCAGCAAGCGUCGUUCGAGUAAAACCCGCAAGGAGGUUAGCUGGAGUGGUGCGCACGGUGAAAAUGGCAGCGGGCGACGCAAUGGUCACGGCGGCGGUGGAGAUGAUGAUAAUGAGGGUGCAGUUACGGCGGGGUGGCAACGUUAUGGCAGCAACGACUACAUGCUGCCUACGAACACCUAUACGAGCGGUGUGCAUUGGUCGCGACGCGACGUCAGCGCCGCGGUACGGUAUCGCUGUCCCCAGGUGGGACCCAAGUCCGCACCCUACCACUUCCACCAUCCACAACAACUACACAAUGCAUAUCAGUUGCAAUUAUUGCUGCAACAAUGCGAUUAUGUGCCGCCCGCGUACUACCAGCAACAACAGCAGCAGCAACAACAACAACAACCAUAUUAUGAGCGGCACGCGGCACUGCAUAAUAGUAAAAUGGACUGCAACAACACCAGCACCCCAGCUGCUUCUACUACUGCUACGGCCACAGUGGCAACCACUAUAAACAUUGAAUGUGAGUCUCACAUGCAAUUACAAAAACAACACGAUAGAAAUAUAAGAUUGCAGCAAAAUCAAAAUUUAUACGCAACAACAAACAUUCAAACUGCCACAUCGAGCGGUUGCAGCGACGCCUGCUGCACCAGCAACGCCAGCUCAGUAGCGGCGGCGUCGGCACUAACUGCACCAGCGGGAACCACAGUAGCUUUGCAACCACAGUCCACAACUCAUGCUCUAGAUCGCGCAACAAGGGGCACAGUCAGCGACAGUGAACUACAGUUGCAACAGCACCUGCCCACGUCCGAGUCGCCGUCUUUGGUGAAGGUCCGCGCCUGGUACACAGUGGCUAAACAGGGUGUUUCUUGCUAAUAGUAGUUUCAUUCCUACAUCUCUCGCCUAUGGAACAGCUCAGUAUUUAUGCUAUUACCACUUACCACAUAACUAAUUGUAGUUCGAAUGUGGUUAUUGUUUUGAGUUUUAUGAAAAGAAAAUCGUUGUAAUUUAAGUAGGAGGCCGUUCCAAAUUAGCAAGUUACUAUAAGCGCACGAUUUGAUUCUGUACAUAUAUACAUAUACAUAACAAUUACAGCUUUGUGACGUUCCUUAGCACGGUUACGUCGAGCCUGAUGUUUUUCCAAAAUUAUUCAGAUGUUCCGCCAUUCAUUGUUUCUGUCUUUUUUAUGUGUCUUCUUUUAUUAUGCCAUUUUCUUUUAUUUAUGCAACUUUAUUGUUCGAUUCACCACUCUCAAAACAUUGACGAAUCAAGAAAGACUGUUAGAACACUAUUUGAAAAACUAUUUAGUACUUUUUAUUACAUACACCAUCAUAUAUAUAUUGUGUAUUUCCACCCCCAAAUUCGAUAUCGCUAUCUUUAUAAAGAAAGUCAGUGAAGAUAGAUAGAUAGAUAGUAAAAUUGAGGUUUUGAACCUCGACCUAUGGUCUAUUGUGCCCUCCCCUAUAUCACAUAUGGUCACAAAAGUCCAGCAUCCUGUACAAUUCCAGGAGCCUGCUGGGAGCGACUGAGGUGAUGUGAUCCCUGUCCAAGUAGGCCUUGAGCUUGCUUCUGCCAAUCGCUGGGCAAUCCAAAAUCAGGUGUUCUGAAGUUUCCUGUUCCAUGGCGCAAAACCGGCAGUCAGUGGAGAUGUAUCUUCCAUAGCAACUGUACUUUCGAUUAAAAAUGAAAAGGUUUUCCUUACCUUUCGGCACGGAAAUCAAAAGUUGACCCGAGGCAAUGAAACGGACAACACCAAAAGAGAUGUGGUCAUUAAUGAACAUGAAAGUGUGUGAAGACUGUAUUAUACUAAUAUUGUACCAAUUGCCAAAAGAGAAUAUAUUUUACUUGAAAAUUCAAUUGGUUUUUUGUGCUGAGAAUUCUAUUAUUGUUUGACUCGACAAUUCAAGCUUAUAAAGUAAUAAAACUUAAGCAAAAAAAAAAAAAAAAAUAGUUAUAGCG